GAACCCUAAACACGGGUGUAUGGAUACUUUCUUAAUUAAUUAUUGCAAUUUGAACUUCACACGGUGAGGUAAGAAGACUUAGGAGGGAGCGAGUUAGGGUCGUCAAUGUGAUGGGCGGCAGUGGCGGUAGUGGCGGUGGUGGUGGAGGAGUAGCUGUUGGCAAAGAAGAUGUAAUAGCGAAACUCAAGGACGACGGCGACUUUGACAGGCUCCGUUUGAAGAUCAUUCGUAAGCUCAAGGACAAUGAAGAGCUGCGACAACAUAUUGCCUCAAUUGUGAAGCAAUCAGCGGCUCUUAAUGGUGCCGGAGCUGAGAAUAAGAAACCUAGACAACUUUCUGAUGCCAUAUAUCAUGAAGUUGGUGACAAAGUAAUGAGUCAGAUAUCUGAUAGCUUGUGGCAAAUAAUUAGAUCAAAUGAUGGUAUGAAAACUGAAAUUGCGGAGACAGUGCAAUCCGUGUAUGACGAGCUGGUGAAUCCAAAGGGGGAAGAGGAGGUUCCGGUUUCAAAUUCCAAGGCAAUGCCAACUCAGAGACAACAAGGUGAAACAGGUUCAGUUACUGAGAAGAUUGAUGAUGAUAUGUUGCACGAGAAUGAGCCUGAAGAGCCACCGGGAUUCACCUUACAUAAUCAUGUGAAUAACAAUCAGCUAGACCAUGAUCAACGGAACCAUGAUCAAGGGAAGCCACAAUCUCAUGGGCAAGGAUCUUCUGCAGAGCAGCCCGAAGAUUCCCAUGUAUCACUGGAUCCACCCGGUGAAAGCGAUGAUAAUAACAAUGCUCCUCCUGGUUUUUUGAGGCCUGACGAGCAAAAUCAUCUGUCUGAUUGUAGUGAUGAAGAUCCUGAUGUGCCUCCUGGUUUUGGUUGAUGAAUUGCAAUUUGUUUCAAUUUCUUCCUUUCCAGGCACUGCCCUUUUAUGGUUGGAUACCACAGAUGCCAAUUCUUCUGCAAUUGUUUAUGUAAAGCCAACUAAAAAUAUGUGCCAUUCUGAAAAUGUCUCUUUACAUCCGAA